AUGACAAGACUUACUCUACUCACAGGCUUUUGCCUGUUAUUUAUUCAUCUUGGUUCAGCCUAUCAACUUGUAUGUUACUUCACUAACUGGGCCCAGUACAGACCUGAUCCUGUGAAGCAUGUGCCUAGCAACAUUGAUCCCUUCCUGUGCACACAUCUGAUCUACGCAUUCUCCAUCAUUAACUCUGCGAAUCAGCUAGCGACCUACGAGUGGAACGAUGAGACUCUUUACCAAUCAUUCAAUAGUCUGAAGCAAAGCAAUCCAAGCUUGAAGACACUUUUGGCUGUUGGAGGAUGGAACUUUGGUUCAACACAAUUCUCUAUCAUGGUGUCUACAAAAGAAAAUAGAAAUACAUUCAUCCAGUCCUCCAUCAGCUUUCUGAGAAAAUAUGGAUUUGAUGGGCUGGAUCUAGACUGGGAGUAUCCUGGAGCCCGCGGUAGCCCUCCAGAGGAUAAGCAAAGAUUCACUCUGCUCUGUCAGGAACUUCAACAGGCCUAUAAGAAUGAAAGCAUUGCUACAGGACAUCCCCAACUUAUGGUCACAGCUGCAGUGGCUGCGGGAAAAGCAACCAUAUAUGCUGGUUAUGAAAUUGCUGAGAUUGCCAAGUACGUGGACUUUAUUAAUGUGAUAACCUAUGACUUUCAUGGGUCUUGGGAGAGUUUCACUGGCCACAACAGUCCUCUUUAUCAAUGGCCUCAGGAAACAGGAGAGCAACUCUUCCUUAAUACUAAUUUUUCCAUGACAUACUGGAAUAAUCAGGGUGCUCCAGUAGAGAAGCUCAUGAUGGGUUUUGCUACAUAUGGCAGAACUUUCCGACUGUCAUCUGCAGCAAGUGGACUGGGAGCUCCAACAAUUGGCCCUGGAUCUCCUGGCACCUACACCAGAGAGUCAGGCUUCUGGUCUUAUUAUGAGAUCUGCAGUUUCAUUCAAGGAACCAGCAUACAAUGGAUUCAAGAUCAAAAGGUACCCUAUGCAACAAAAGAUGGUCAAUGGGUUGGCUUUGACACAAAGGAGAGCUUUGGCAUGAAGGUCACUUAUUUGAAAAAUAAUAAUUUUGGAGGGGCUUUUGUGUGGUCUUUGGAUUUGGAUGAUUUUACUGGACAGUUCUGUGGUCUGGGAAAAUACCCUCUCAUCAGUGAGCUCAAGAGUCUCCUAAACAAUGAAGCUCCUUCUGUUCCUCCAUCAAAAGCUCUGACUGAUCCUCCUACUGAAGCGCCUCCUAUUCCUCCUACUGAAGAGCCUCCCAUUCCUCCUACUGAAGCUCCUCCCAUUCCUCCUACUGAAGCGCCUCAUGCUGAAGCUUGUCCUCCUACAGAUCGACUUCAGUAUUGCACAGGCAAGGCUGAGGGCAUCUACCCAAAUCCAUUUGAUAACAAAUCUUUCAUCCAAUGUGCUGCUGGGAGAAUAUUUGUGAUGCCCUGUCCUGCUGGCACCACCUUCAACAUAAGCUGCAAAUGCUGCAACUGGCCAUAAAACUACCACACUCAGUUUCUAAAUCUCAUGAUUUCAAUUACAUUUUUCACACAAUAAUAAAACAGCACAUACUUUUUUGUAGAUAUCUACACACCCGGGAUGAUACUUGUACAAGCAUUUUUAUUUUUCCUCUUUAAAAUAUUCUAUAAGUGUAAAAUUUUUCUGUCAUUUUUUCCUUAUAGGAUUUAAUUAUAGCCAGUAUUAAUUGAUGUUUUUAUAUUAUGCAAUUAAAAAAAAUGUUACACAGACAAGUUCUGAUGCUCUUUGGUGGAUAUAGUUUUAUUCCUUAAUUAGCAAUUGCUAAAUGCACUAAAUAAUAAUAAUAAAAAAAAAAAAUCACUAUUAUUUCUGUGCCCAAACAAAAUUACAUUCAUCAACCUACAUACAUUUUUUUUAAUUUUCAAAUUACCAUGCCAUCAAAAAACAUUAUGUAAUGAUGCAAACCAUCCUUUACAAUCUCAAAGUUAGAAAAUGUUGGCUGGUUCUAAAAAUAUAACUACAGAAUGUGAAGAUAAAUCAGUGCAGUUUAGUUUUCCUGGUGCACAGCAAUGCAAAGCAGACCUUUGUGCAUUUUAUUCAGUAGCUUUGACUCUACAAAACUCCAGUUCACUGUAUUUUGAUAAUGUACACUCCUGCACAAAAAAUAAAUAUUUGCCAAGCUACAAAUAGCAAAAUAUUAAGCAUUUACUGGUCAGAAUUAAACAAAUGCGCUCUGGAGCCCUACUGGGCCACCAAUUACUUGUUUACUUUUACUGGUUGAGCAGGCUGAUUGAUCUAAAACUGUGCAUCAUUAAACUCAAUGGUUCUC